AUGCCAAGAUCAAAUCCAAUACCUCCAAUGUGUGGCUGCGGAUUGAGUACCAUUCUGAAAACGUCAUGGACUCCACGGAAUCCAGGUCGAAGAUAUGCGGAAUGUCCAGUUGCUCAGGUAAUGGAUAGCAGUAAUUUAGUGAAGUUGUUAGUAAUUGCUGAGGGAUGCAAGUAUUGGAAAUGGAUAGAUGAAGAAAUGUGUCCGCGUUCAGUGGAGAUUAUACCUGGGUUGCUUCGGCGAAUCAAUCAAAUGGAGAAACAGCUCACAAAUGCCGAAGAGUCUGCACAAAAGUGGGAGUGCAAAGCAGCAAAAUUGCAGACAAAGGUUCGAAGGUUGGAAAUUAUGAUGCAACAACAUGCAUCACGGGAGAGGAAGUUUGCUGCAGCUCUUGCAAUCACCUAUGGCUUUGUGUUAGCAGUAUUUGCAGUCUGGGUGUUUGGAAAUUUAGGAAAUAAUGAUCUAUUGCAAUUACCCCAGAAAGAUGUAUUAUAA